CGUGACCGGCCCUGCGCUCAGUCCAUCAUGGCGUCUCCCAGUGGGAAGGGAGCCCGGGCGCCCGAGACUCCUGGCUGCGGGCCCCAGACGCUGGUCCGGGACCUGGUGGACUCCGUGGAUGACGCUGAGGGGCUGUACGUGGCGGUCGAGCGGUGUCCGCUCUGCAACACCACCCGCCGGCGGCUGACCUGCGCCAAGUGUUUCCAGAGCGGCGAUUUCGUCUACUUCGAUGGCCGGGACCGGGAGAGGUUUAUUGACAAGAAGGAAAGGUUAAGUCAACUUAAGAGCAAGCAAGAAGAAUUUCAAAAAGAGGUAUUAAAAGCUAUGGAAGGAAAAUGGAUAACAGAUCAGUUGAGAUGGAAAAUAAUGUCUUGUAAGAUGAGGAUUGAACAGCUAAAACAAACCAUAUGUAAAGGAAAUGAAGAAAUGAAGAAAAAUUCUGAAGGCCUUCUGAAAACCAAGGAAAAGAACCAGAAGCUGUAUAGUCGAGCACAACGGCACCAAGAGAAAAAGGAGAAGAUUCAGAGGCACAAUCGCAAACUUGGUGACCUGGUAGAAAAAAAAACCAAUGACUUAAGAAGUCAUUAUGAGCGUCUGGCAAGUCUUCGGCGAUCCCAUAUAUUAGAGCUCACCUCUGUCAUUUUUCCAAUUGAUGAAGUAAAGACUGGUGUGAGAGAUCCUGCAGAUGUGUCUUCCGAGAGCGACAGUGCCAUGACCUCCAGCACUGUCAGCAAGCUUGCCGAAGCCCGGAGGACAACUUACCUUUCUGGAAGAUGGGUCUGUGAUGAUCACAAUGGCGACACCAGCAUUAGCAUUACAGGGCCGUGGAUUAGCCUUCCUAAUAAUGGGGACUACUCUGCCUACUAUAAUUGGGUGGAAGAGAAGAAAACAACACAGGGGCCCGACAUGGAGCAUAAUAACCCUGCACACACCAUUAGUGCUGCCUUGUGUUACGCCACACAGCUGGUCAACAUUUUGUCUCAUAUACUUGAUGUCAAUCUUCCUAAGAAGCUGUGCAACAGUGAGUUUUGUGGAGAAAAUCUCAGCAAACAGAAAUUUACUCGAGCUGUGAAGAAACUCAAUACAAAUAUCCUUUACCUUUGUUUUUCUCAGCAUGUAAAUUUAGAUCAGUUACAACCACUGCAUACCCUCAGGAAUUUAAUGUACCUGGUCAGUUCAAACUCGGAACACCUGGGCAGGUCGGGACCUUUUGAAGUGCGAGCAGACCUUGAGGAGUCCAUGGAAUUUGUGGAUCCUGGAGUCGCUGGAGAAUCAGAUGAGAGUGGAGAUGAGCACAUAAGUGACGAGGAAACUGAUCUGGGCACAGACUGGGAGAACUUGCCAAGCCCCCGGUUCUGUGAUAUCCCUUCCCAGCCUGUGGAAGUCUCCCAGAGCCAGAGCACCCAGGUGUCCCCACCCAUUGCAAGCAGCAGUGCUGGCGGGAUGAUCUCCUCUGCUGCGGCCUCGGUGACUUCCUGGUUCAAAGCUUAUACCGGACACCGUUAAUAAGUAUGGGCUGAAACAUGCCAGAUUUGUACUACAAAAGCUCUCCCACUGCACUCUAGGGAAUCCUGUUUAGUUAAGAUAGUGCCUGGAACAAAAGGAAGUUAAACCAUUGUUUUAAGCAGGGAGAAUAGCAUUUCUGCUUGUGAGGUAGCUGUGAUGGUGACUGACAUGCUUAUGAUGUAGAAGAGGGCACAAAGGUUCUUCUGUGCAGACCUGUGCACGUGGUUGGUGGUGUUUGUUGAAGUCGUUUUUCUGGGUACCAUCUGGUCCCAGGCCCCGCAGGCCUGGUCAGUGAGCUGGUCCUAGUGAUGCUAAGACUUUUCCUGACACUACUUUCUAAAGGUAGGUCGAACCAUAAGGAAUUGGUUCCUCAUGAGGACUUGAAAGAAAAACUGAAUUUUUCUGCCAUCAGUUUUUGUACGGAGAAUCUGUAGGCAAUUUGAAAUAUUUUCUUUGUAACUUGGUCAUCUUUGACUUUUAGAUCAAGGAUUUUGGUUCUUGUUUGGGAGGGGGUGGUUUUUUGAGGGAAAGGAGUAGUUUAUUUAAUUUGUGCUGCUCCAUUGUAGCUUUUCACAUUCCUGCUUUCCUUUCCCUCCACACCAAAGAAACUAAGGUCUUUUUGUUCUGUAGGACCCACAUCCAUGAACAGAAGAAAUCCUGGCUGCAAUAAUGUCUUAGAACAAGUUUAAACUAUUUUCUUGUAGUCUUGAGUGGAAUUAAGCUCAUUCUUACCUAGGUUAUUGAAUUCCUGCCAUCCAUGCUAUGUUCUUUCUUACAUGGAACUUAUUUUCUGUGAACGAAAAUAAGUCAUUAAGGCCAUUCAUUCCUGUGUGUGAGCUUACUGCCUAUCUAGGCACAGGUUAAAAGCCACUUAGUUAAGAGGUCUUUUGUUAUUCUCGCAGUUUGUUUCGGAGGGAUUUAGUAGAUGGCACCACAGUGUUUCCAGGGAAAACCAUCCUGCUUGUUUCCAAGGUGUGUGUGGCUCCGAAAGUGCUGCCUUUGCCCAGAAUGCAGAGCACAUCCUUGUAGCUGGUGCUGCUCUUCUCUACCCUGGGGAAAGCUCAAUAAAGAACUUGCCCUCACCAAGAGAUCAUUUCCAGCUAAUGUGUUUUGUCAUUCUCCUAGUGACAAUCUUACAGAAAACUAUAAUGAAAGAGGCAUUAUGUACAAAUAUGUAAGUAGUUUAUUUUUAAUUACUGCAAAAAAAUCUUAUGUAAUUACAAAAGAAUCCUAUCAAAUUUCUACUAGACAUUAUUACCAUACCAUAUCUUAGUGUGAUUAGCAUGAUAGUACCUCACAUAAAUCAUUGGGGGGUUCUCCAUGCCCUAGCUUAUUAUAAUUAUUAUAGUUGAUACUCCAAAUCCGAGGUGCUACUCCUAGCCUUGGCUAUUGGUAUAUUUGGUGUUUGGUGGAGUUUUGGGUAGAAUUGCAGAAGGGAGUUUACUCCUGUUUAGGAGUCCCAAGUUCCCUGGCUCUAAGAAUUUUCCACUUGUGAGGAAACAGUUUUUUUCAUCUUGUGGGUUCUUAUACAGCUGGUCUCUCUGUUUUAAGUACUCAGUUUUGUGAUUCCUGGGCUUGUAUUUUACCAUCCAGUUCUGGUAUUCAUAGAGUGGAUAUGGUAGAAUGAACAAAUACCAAAUGAAUUUACAAACCAUGAAUGAGAUGAAGCUAAAGAAUAGAAUUCAGAGAUUACAAACUCAUGUCUAGAGUAAUUGAACAAAACAAGGAUGUGAGAAAUCUAGGGAUUGAUUGAUAAGAUAUAUUUUGUUAGUAUCAACUAGAGGCACUUUAUGUUGGGUUAAAUGAUCAAACCCUUUAAAGGUUUUGAACACCAACAAACUGGCUUACACUGCUGAAAUAUUUGGGGUUACAUUAUUUUGCACUGGAUCCAUCCUGUAAAUAUUCUUAAAUAUACAUUUCAACCACUUUUUUCUACUCUUUUUGCUGUUCAUUAAAGUCUUUCAUGUAGGUGCCAGAAUCAUAUAUAUAAACAACUUUAUAAAAAAGCUGGUAUUUUUUUUAAACAAAAAGCCAUAGAAUUUGGUUAUGUUUCCAUUUUAAAAUGAUUUAUUGAAACAAGGUAAUACUACUAAAAACCCACAGGCACCAAAUAGGCUGCUUUAAAUGGUCUUGCAAAAGACAUUUUUAGGUAAUGGAAUAAAACUUAAAAGUUUUGCACUUCUGUAAAUUAAGGGGGAAACAGUAUGUCACCACUGGGUAUGGUAGUUAAGUACUUGUGUGUAAUUUGGGAAAACAUUCGGUGGCAUGUUGUUCAAAGAACUAGUAUCUAAGAAUCUUCUCUCAGUGUCAUGUUGCAGGAAUUUCCCGUUGCUCUACGACUUCCAAACAGUUUGAGUCAUACAAAUGUUUUCUAAACUUUUAUUGUAUUACUGCAAUAAAUCUUUUAACAUUA